GCAUCUUGUGUGAUGAAAUGCAUACCUCACGAUAAGCCAUCUUCCUUCAUCUACAUAAGUACUCUCUUCUAUGAGCCUUCUAUAAGCUUUCUAUCUGUGUGUGAUUAAUACCUCUCCUAUCCACAAUGGCCCAGCCCAAGAUCUACCCGUCCAACGACUCCUCGCCCGCCUCCGACUUUGGCCUCUCCCCCACCGAGUUCACGACGCUGCGCACAUCCGCCACCCAGGCCAAGGCGCUCGCCUACUGCCCCUACUCGCGCUUCCGCGUCGGCGCCACCUUCCUGACCUCCUCCUCCGACUUUAUCGAGGGCGCCAACGUGGAGAAUGCCUCGUACCCCGUCGGCACGUGCGCGGAGCGCGUGGCUCUCGCCAAGGCCGUCGUCGAGGGACACACCGAGGGCUUCCGGGCCGUGGGCGUGAGUACCGACAUUAGCCCGCCGGCGAGUCCGUGCGGCAUGUGCCGGCAGUUCAUGAGGGAGUUUGUGCCCUUAGAGUGUCCGAUAUUCAUGUUUGACAAGGACGGGAACUAUGUCGUCCUCAAGCUGGAGCAGCUUCUGCCCAUGUCCUUUGGUCCCGACCAGCUACCACAGCCUGGGGAAGCGGGAGCUCAGGGUGCUGGCCUGUGAGGAGGUCUUCUAGUAGUUAUGAAAGCAUGUACUCGAGGAGUGAAAGGCGCGCGCGGUGCUUGAAACAAUGGAAGACGUAUUAUUGUAGCAUUAUCUAUGAUAAAAUACCGGUACCCA